AAGUGCCCUUAGAAGGAAACCCUGUCAGCUUGAGAACUGGGGAGCACUCUUUUGGUUUAGGCUGACUCUCGAUCCUCAGUUUAAAAACAAUAUAACCAGAAAGUUUUAAAAUUCACUUUUCUGCUCAGUCACAAGAUUUCUGCAUUCUUGAAUAUUACCAUUGGGCUCAGUAUUUUAGGAUAAUCUCCACAAGACUGUGUCCGAUAAUAGCAGCAGGAGAGCCUCGGUGUGGUGGUGGAGGUGAAGGUUUCCUCUGGUCUGCUGAAGCCGCGCAGUGAGCGUCGGCUGCGGCUGUGACGCGGACAUGGAGAUGCUGCGGCGCUCCUCCGUGUUUGCGGCCGAAGUGUUCGACCGAUCGCCCACCGACAAGGAGCUGGUGUCCCAGGCUAAAGUGCUGUGCAGAGACUAUAUCCACUCCAGGCUGAACCGCGCCGGGAUCGGCUGGUCCAAACCUGAGCAGGGAGUGGCUGCAUCAGGAGGAAAGCUGGCGGAGGUGUCCUCGGUGGUUCAGUGGCUGGGUGAUGAGUUGGAGUUCCUCCGUCCCAGCGUGUACCGUAACGUUGCUCGGCAGCUGAACAUCACAGUGGCAAUCGAGGGCGUGGUGUCCGAUGCCUUCAUGGCUGUCGCUGCAGACAUCUUCUCAACAGGAGUGACGUGGGGGAAGGUGAUUUCCUUGUACGCCGUGGCUGGAGCUCUGGCAGUGGACUGUGUACGCCAUGGUCAUCCAGCUAUGGUCCACACCAUCGUCGACUGCAUGGGGGAGUUUGUCCGCAAGAGUCUGACCCCCUGGUUGAAGAAGAGGGGGGGCUGGGCGGAUAUAACAAAAUGCGUGGUGAACACCGGCCCCACCGUCUACUCCCACUGGUUGGUGUCUGCUGUCUUUGCCUUUGGACACUACCUGAAGGCCGUGGUGUUGUACCUUCUCAGAGAGAAGUGAAAGACUGAGUCACUCACUGGCUCUGCCAGCACUGUGCACCGUACCAGCGCCAUGAGAGCAUUCACUGUGUGGGAUUAUGUUUACACUCUUUUGCACUGAGCCUCAGUCGAUGAUCCACUGAUCUCUGCUGGCUCAGUGGGCUUCGGACUGUCUAUUUAUUGUCAGCGCUGCUUGUAUUAGGGCACGCUUUUUAUGUGAGUUUACACGAUCACGAUGUUGUGACUUUUUACAAUUUGUUUUUCAAACUGCUGCGAUGCAUGCAUGCCGGUAUGGGUGACUUGCACACCCAUACCAUAUUUUUCUGCUACUUUUCCGUUUUUAACAAAUCAAAAACAAAAAAACAAAACAAUUCAGAAACAUUACAGUAUGGGUUCUGUUCUCUUUAAAAGCUUUGGUUUGAGUUCCUAAUAAAAUAUUCCAAGCACCGCUAUGGUUAACACUGAGGCUAAGUCGUGUUGCUGCACUGUAAAGCACAAUGAUGUACUUGCAGUUUGUGAGUAGAUUUUAUUCCAUGAAUAAUUUCACUGCUGUGUGUAGCAUUAAGAUGCCUACAAAAUAAGUACAUUUGUCAUUUAUCAGAACUGUAAACAAUAAUAAAUGCUUAAAAACAUUUUCA